CAUUAUGUGGCCUAAGAACUUACAUUUCUUGCUGUGGGUCUUCUGAGCCUACUCCUUGGUUAUUCUUAUUCUUAGUAUCAUCUGAUAUUUUAAGAUCAGAAAAGCUCAGAUGCAGACUAAAACUACAGGAAUUAUCAUUUACUCUUUAUUGACUUUGCAAAGUUUAUUAAUGAUUGUCACCUUUGGAGGGCUAUCAGCUCAUGAGUUUCCUUGGCAACCAUCCCUAUCUUCAUGGAGCUGGAAUAAUAUCGAGAGGUUACACAUUAUGCUAUUUGGAAUCUUCGAAUUCACAACGGUCGUUUUCAAUCUUUUCCCAUUUUAUUUAACUUUUAUAUUGAUGAAAGAAGGACAUACUCAUCUUCUAAUCAUGGAUCCUCUUGUACCGACAAGUUACCCUGCUAAAGUACUUAAAAAUCUUACUUUGCUAGGAAUAUUUUUGGCUUACUUGGGAGGGGUCUCAUACCUUUCUUACAGACUAAUGGCUAAUACAUUGCGCCCAGAGAACUAUUUCUUUAUUGUUUUUUGAGCAACUAUUUGAGGAGCAGCUGCUAGUCUUUUCUUCUUUAUUCUUUACAUAUUCCUAUAUUCAGGAGAAAAUAUGGUCAACAGUAAAUUCAAGUUAGCCUUUGCUUUACUAAUUGUAUGAAAUGCCAUCUGGACAGUAUGAAGGCUAUAUCGAGGAAUUCAUGGAAUUAUCAAUAAUAACCUAAUGCUUGAAUUGAUUCGAGAACAAAGCGAUCUAUCAGUAACUUGGAGAGGAGUUGUAUUUUUCUUUUCAACCUUAUUUCCAUAUGCAACACUUGUAUCUGGACUGGUUACACCUUUAUUUUUUCUGAAGCAUACUAAAAACACAGAAUAUGAAAGUAUCAAUCAAAUCUAUUCUGAAGAUGUUGGAGAAAACUCGAACCAAGGAUAAGCC